AUGCCUGGCCGAAAAGCAUACCCGCGGGCGACGGUCAAGAAAAUCGUCAAGGCCCACGCUAACUGCAAUGUUAGCAAAAACGUCGAUAUCAUGAUCUAUCUCGAUUAUGUUUUGUUCAUGCAGACCCUCAUGAAAGAGGCUACCAUUGAAGCCAAGCAAGGGGGUGAACGGGGCAUCACAGGUCGGAGUGUCAAGAAAGUCACUGCCGACACUCUUGCAAAGUUCAAAGGUUGA